CCUCAGUUGUAUUCGUCCACUGUCGCUCUAGUGUCUGUCCUCGAGACUCAGCUACCUCCAGAUUUCCUCUCGCCUUGCGGGGACAUCCUGCAGCGCGAGUUCUUCCAUCUUAUACUUCCCAUCCGAUCUCCUUUUCUUUCCCAGCACUCGGCCCCAUGGCGAAAUUCGGCGAGGGCGACAACCGUUGGAUCGUGCAGGAUCGGGCGGACGGCGCGAACGUGCACAACUGGCACUGGGCGGAGAAGGACUGCAUGGAGUGGUCGCGGCGGCGGCUGGGGGAGCUCAUUGGCGGACUGACGGUGCUGGAGGGGGAAGGCGGGUGCUGGAUCCGCACAGGCGCGAUCGAAAAGGUCGACGGCGAGGCAUACGUAAACAUCCGCAAGGGAAAGAUUAUCCCAGGCUACGAGCUUCACGUGCGCCUGGGCUGGGAGGGCGAGGUGAAAGACUCUGCCGACGCGCAGCCAGUCGCGUCCGUUAAAGGCUUCGUCGAGCUGCCUUAUAUCGCGGACGAGAACCACGACGAGGAUCCCGAGGUGAAGAUCGCCCUGGCCACGGAAUCCGCGGGCGGCAACGGCGGAGGGUCGGCAGCAGCCAAUCGGCUGCGAGAUGCCAUGCUGGCGCGAGGCAAGCCGCUUAUUCUGGAGAAGAUCCGCGUGUUCGUUAAAGACAUCCAGGCGGGUGGGCCCGCUAGGGAAGAGCUGGAGAAGGCUAAGGCAGGGAAGCCAGCAGGAGCGGCAGGGACAGGUUCGGAAGGGGGGAAACCAGCAGCAACGACGGCAGCAGCAGCAACAGGUGUAGCGGCCCCAGCAGCAGCAUCAGCUGCGUCAGCAUCUACUGCGAGCACAGCUGCAGCUACCCCCGCCAGCAAGAGCAAGAAAGAGAGCAGCAGCAGCGGCAGUGGUGCUGGAAAGAAGACGAUAACCAUCACACAGAAGUUCCACUGCCGGCCGGCAGACAUUUUCGAGACGCUGAUGGAUGAGAAAAGGUGGAUGGCUUUCACGCAGUCCAAGGCGAAGGUCUCGACGGACGUGGGGGGUACCUUUUCCCUGUUCGAUGGGUCGGUGACAGGUGUCAACCAGCGGUUGCAGGAGAACAAGCUGAUCAUGCAGAAGUGGCGGUUCAGCAGCUGGCCUGACGGUCACUACUCCACAGUAUGCAUAACGUUGGAGGAGCCUCAAGUGGGUGACACGAUUUUGCGGCUGACACAGACCAACGUGCCUGAAGAGGACAGGUUUGGCAAUGCCACGGUGUUUGAAACAACCGAGCGCGGCUGGAGAGAGCUGAUCUUCGCUAGGAUUCGGGCAGUUUUUGGCUAUGGGGCGUAGUGUUGAUCUAAGAAAUGGAUUGUUGAAGAAUGGCGCGUUUGGAAGCAAAUAGAUAUCAUCUGAACAUCGAACAUCGAUGUGUAUGCUCAAUGGAUUCAGGUGUGUCGAACCUGCUGCGCGCAUAGUUGGUAACGCGGACAUUUUCCCGAAUCCCGAU